AUGGUCGAAACAAUCAAAAUCGAAACAACAACAAGACUCGCUUACCUCCUUAUCCUACCUCUUCUUUCUCUUCCUCUGCCUAUUCUUCUGCCUACUCUUCUCCUUCGCCAUCUUCUUCUCCACCUCCUUCCCGUCGCCCCACUCGUUGUCACCAGACUGGCAGGGUGAGUCCGCUCACUCUGGCAGCCUGGAAUGUUCGUUCCCUUUUAGACAAUCCGAGGAGCAACCGACCGGAACGAAGGACGGCGCUAGUGGCACGGGAACUGGCGCGCUACAAGGUGGACAUCGCCGCACUCAGCGAGACCCGAUUCUCCGAACAAGGCAAACUGGAGAAGGUGGAUGCCGGCUACACCUUCUUCUGGAGCGGUCGACCCAGGGCAGAGCGACGGGACGCGGGUGUCGCCUUCGCCAUCCGGAACGACAUCGUGGGACGACAGCCCUGUUUGCCGCAGGGCAUCAACGAUCGCCUGAUGAGCCUCCGCCUGCCUCUCUGA